CGUUGCCAUUAUUUUCUAUAGUUUCGUCACUUGAGGAUGACAUGCUUAUUAAUUUGAAAAAAAAACUGUAUCCAGUAAAAAUAUGGAACGGUCUGUGUAAGCUCUGGAGUACAACUGUCAGUGAUGCUGUGUGAACGAACUCCCACGUCAACUACAAGCUGGAACAAGUAUAAGGUAAUCAUUAUGAAUAUAUACUAAGUGACAU